AUGUCUUCAGCUCUCAAUUUCCUUGUCUUCUCAACUCUUAUUCUCAGUACCUGGGCUUGCUCAGAUCUGACAGGUGCAGAUGGAACAUCGGAUUGCUCGAGAAGAGCCUAUCUCUGCAAUAAUGCGGCGUAUUCUGCAUUGAUGACUGUUCAAUGUCCAGCAACUUGUGGAAGAUGUGGCUCGACUUCUUCGAAUUCGACUUCUUCGAGCUCCAGCUCCAGCUCCAGCUUAACAUCUUGCGCUGAUCUCACAAACCCUCGAACCGGUGUGUCUGAUUGCACAAGACUCUCAUAUCUAUGCAAUGAUUCGACUUAUUAUGCUGUUAUGACUACACAAUGCCCAAAAACUUGUGGAAGAUGCUCAUCAAGCACUUCAACAUGCUCGGAUCGUUUGAAUCCUUACACUGGAGUUUCCGAUUGUCCAGUCAAAUCUUAUCUUUGCAAUAAUUCUCAAUAUUAUUCAUUGAUGACUGUUCAAUGCCCAAAAACUUGUGGAAGAUGUCCAUCUUCAACCACAACUUCGACAUCGACUUCGACAACAACAUCAACUGCAGCUACAACCGAAGAAGCAACAUCUACCACAUAA